CCGAGAACACGGUCGAGACGAACCACGGCUGUCGUCAACGCGGCUCUAACAUCAAGGGGUAGGCGCAUGUUGGUGUCGCUUAGACGGGCAAAUCCCUGUCUUGCGACACUCCUGAAGCACACUCCUUGGUGUUGAGAGUAGCAUCGUGAAUGUUUCAAGGAAAUAUGUUUGGAGCCGGAAAGCCACCCGUCAGCUGCUACCAUGGCACCUCGAUUGUUGUUCGCUACAGAAAAAUAGCGGAGGCGACUGGAGGAGGUAGCAGAUCUGAGAGAGCUCAAGCAUGCACAAACCGUUCAGUUCAGACAAUCGAUUGCGAGGCCAAUUGCAACAGUCUUCUUGACCGGGUCUGAAGCACCGACUUCAAAGCCUCGGCGCCAGUUGUAUUUUUGUUCUCUUGUGUUUUGCUCAAUGAUGAUGCCGAAGGAGAGAUCCACGGUCAGACAAGGGACGGGGCAGAUGCACGGCGCCAUGACGCUUUUGGUUGCCUGCAUUGCUUGUAACACAGUGGUUCUGCAAGACCGGGCGUCCGGUAGCCGAGCCGGAAGCGCAGGUGGACGGCAUCUCGGGGCGAACACACUCUGGAGGAAUCGGGUACUGCCCUGUGCGGAACGGAGACUGGGCGAUUGUGGGCGACUGGGCGGCCCAAACGAGCUUCCCAAAUCAUUCGACCACGAAUUCCGUCCGAACCGGCUUGUCCCCGUGGCGGCCGCACAACCCCAGGCCAUCGGGCCAGACACGCCAGAGCUCCUCGAACACAUCGAUAUCACCCAGGGUUGGCACGUUGGCUCCAGGGGCACCAGGGUCGGGCCCAGGGGCGACCCUCUCUUCCGUGAUCUUCUUCCAUCUCAAGGCUGUCUCUACAACCAACAACAGCAUCCCCUCCUUUCUCCACAAACAUCUCCUGUUACCUGUUUCCCGCCGCCGCUCUUGUGCAACAGAGAGCACGACAUCCGCCUGAGUCGGCGGUCUACUGAAAGUCCCGGCUCCGCGUCACGGUGCCCGCCCAUCCUACCUUGUCGGUUGCCGGCGCAACGUCUUCCGCUCAUCACCGACGCCGAACCCCUCGGUAGUACGGUACCGUUGCCGUGUCCUCCCACUGCAGUAGCCAUCAUGUUUGGGAACUUUGCCCACUUGAUUCCCUUGGCCACAGCGCCUCAAGGGCCGCCCAAGGACGUCCCUCCACCCACGCCCGUCAACUUUCCGUGCUUCUAUCCCCAAGUUCAAGAUGACCAACAAACAGCACCGGGAGCCGCAGACGAAACACCAAAGUCGGUUGUCACCUUGUUGCAGGGCAUAGUCCGCCCAGCCCAGCUGGCCGUUGCCCAUUUUGAGGCUCUCGGAGUCCAUGUAGUGCCAAACUCUACGGCGGCGGACCUCAUCCCUGAUCCGUCUUAUAUCCCGGAUUUCGCUGCUUGGGAUGAGCUCUCAUCCGAUGCAGCUCACGAGGUGAACGAGAGCACCAGGGUCCCACUGGUUUCGGGAAACCGCUCUCCCGGCUGCAAUACUUACCUGGAGCGUAAGCGUGAGCUGUUGUUUCCUAAUGAGACCGGCUACCGGACUGUUCGCCGCAUCCAACCUCCAAAGGGCCAGAGCCACGCCCGGCUGGGAAACUGCUACGAGUUCUUCCGUCAGCUCGACACACUAUCCAACUAUUGGGAUGACACCUCGGUAACAGAACAGUCAGCUCCGGAAGGCGAAGAAGAAGACAAGGACGCUCUGGCCUCCAAGCCUCGACGGACCGGCGCCGGCAAUCAGAUGCCCCCUGACUUCCGCCAGCAGAUGGUGCAAACCUUCUUGAAGCUUGUCGCGUACGACUUUGGCUGUAACACUGCGCCGGCUCGUGCUGAACCGAGGCUGCACAUCACGUCUCGCAAUUGUGGUUCUGCCCGUAGCUCCUACUUCUCUUCCGGUUGCACUUUCAUGUACAAGACCCCGACCACUAGGGAAGAAGCCCGCGCCGGUAUUGUUGAAGGACCUGUGGCGGCCGUAAGUGCUAGGCAUUCCACUGGCUUCCUACCCCCACCCGAGGACCCGAACGAGUCUUCCACCGACCCGGACGCCGUCUUUGAUUUGGGCCGCGAGUUGGUUGCCGCGCUAGUAACGGCCCAGCAUCGAGCCCGCGAGGGUCGCACCGAGAAGCGCAUCGGCGAAGGUGCCUGGUGGUGCACCAAGCCUCGAUGGGGCGGUGGCCCCGGCGGCCCCAUUGGCCGUGAGAUUGAACAGCAGACCAGUGGCGACGACACACUCGUUGGAGACAAGGACGCGCCCCCUUCGGCUGCUGCUCCUGCCGAGAAGCCCACAAAGGUGACCAUCUCUUCCCGACUUGCCUCCCGCGCUUCCCCGUUUGGCCCCUUGCCCAGCACACGUCUCCCAGAAAGAGAGAAGGAGUCUAGCUCGGGACCGGCCAAGGGCGUCAAGCGCCUGAAGAAGUCGGGUAAUAUGGCCAUGUACGACAACUACCGCAUGGUUCGCCCUCCGGCCCUGACUUGGGACAAGAAGGCCAAGUACGCCGCCAUUGGCAGAGCUGCAGGCGCAGAGUACGAUGACAUUUUUGUGGUCAGUGCCUUGUAUCACCACAUCAGCAUUGUAAGAGUGCGGGUGCCCGAUCAGCUAAUGGCGGUUUUGGAGGGCCGCGCCGAGCACGAGUUUGAGAACGGGAAGCGAAGCUGGGGAAGGCUGGAAGUGAGGAGGAGCAAGUGGUUUGACCUCUUCAAGCCUGGGGACAGAGUGGAGGCCAUGAAGCUCGUCUGGUGCAUGAUGAAUUGGUUGAUGAGGGCCAUGCCUAAGGAUGAGGAUAAAAAGGACGAGACUGAUCAGGACCAGGAGGAAAAGAAGGACACGAAGAGUGAAAAUGCGGGAAAUCCUGCUGCAGCGACACCAGCAGGCAGCCAGAAUGCUAUUGAGCAAGUUAAGUACGAGGCCAAGCAGGAAGCGAAGGACGAGGUCAAAGAGGAGAAUGCCGAUGUGAAGAUGGAAAAUGCAUAGACUGAGAAAAUUGGCGUGCGUACGUACGUACCGACUACUGUAUUUCCCUUUCUUCGUUCUGUCUUCUUCCCAUUUGGCUUCUUGGAUUCGGCCUGCUUUGUUAUCAACGAGGGAAUCCAACAUCUAUUGUACAGUAUAUUGAAAACGCUAAUGAGUUUUCCAAGAGCAUUCUUUGUGCUGAGCGCGAUCGGUCAAGUGCAAAAGCUUGGCAAGUACAGGUCCUUCACUGAGCUUGGGCUAUUAUUGCCUGGUGCGCUACAAGUUAACUUGACACUUGCCGCCAAUGUCAUGGGUCGAAUCUGAUUAAAAGGUAAUGCGAGACAUCUUGUCGUUCAUUCCCCAUGCGAGGUUUGCAUUUUGAGCGACAUGCUGUUCACGCAUCGUAGAAAUGAUAUAGGCUUCCAAAAUUCGUACUAAUAAUC